AUGUAUGUUUUCCUUUCCUCUAUCCCCACCUUUUGCCUUCAAUCUAUGUAUGUUAUGCCUUCUUUUCCUCUAUCCCCCCCUUUUGCCUUCAAUCUAUGUAUGUUAUGCCUUCUUUUCCUUUUGCUAUCCCUUUUCCUCUAUCCCCCCACCUUUUGCCUUCAAUCUAUGUUAUGUUAUCUGCCUUCUUUUCCUCCUAUCCCCCCUCUUGCAAUCUUCAAUCUAUCCCCUUUUGCCUUCAAUCUAUUAUUUAUGCCUCUUUUCCUCCCCCCUUUUGCCUUCCAAUCUAUGUAUGUUAUGCCUUCUUUUCCUCUAUACCCCCCUCCUUUUGCCUUCAAUCUAUAUAUAUUAUGCCUUCUUUUCCUCUAUCCCCACCUUUUGCCCCCCUAUGUAUGUUAUGCUUUUUUCCUCUAUCCCCAUUUGCCUUCAAUCUAUGUUAUGCCUUCUUUUCUUCUUUCCCACCUUUUGCCUUCAAUCUAUGGAUGUUAUGCCUUCUUUUCCUCUAUUUUUUGCCUUCAAUCUAUGUAUGUUAUGCUUCUUUCCUCUCCCCCCCUCCUUCAAUCUAUGUAUGUUAUGCUUUCUUUCUGUAUCCUUUUUUGCCUUCAAUCUAUGUAUGUUAUGCCUUCUUUUCCUCUAUCCCCCUUUUGCCUUCAAUCUAUGUAUGUUUAUGCUUUCUUUUCCUCUAUCCCCCCCCUUUUUUCCAAUCUAUGUAUGUUAUGCCUUUCUUUUCCUCUAUCCCCCUCUACCUUUUGCCUUCCAAUCUAUGUAUGUUUAUGCCUUCUUUUCCUCUAUCCCCCCUUUUGCCUUCAAUCUAUGUAUGUUAUGCCUUCUUUUCCUCUAUCCCCUUUUUGCCUUCAAUCUAUGUAUGUUAUGCCUUCUUUUCCCUCCCCCUACCCACUCUUUUGCCUUCAAUCUAUGUAUUUAUGCCUUCUUUUCCUCUAUCCCCACCUUUUGCCUUCAAUCUAUGUAUGUUAUGCCUUCUUUUCCUCCCCACCUUUUGCCUUCAUCUCCCCACCUUUUUGCCUUCAAUCUAUGUAUGUUAUGCCUUCUUUUCCUCCUUUAAUCUAUGUAUGUUGCUGUCUUUUCCUCUAUCCCCCACCUUUGCCUUCAAUCUAUGUUUUAUGCCUUCUUUUCCUCUAUCCCCACCUUUUGCCUUCAAUCUAUGCCUUUAUGCCUUCUUUUCCUCUAUCCCCCCUUUUGCCUUCAAUCUCUAUGUUAUGCCUUCUUUUUCUCUAUCCCCCACCUUUUGCCUUCAAUCUAUGUAUGUUAUUUUGCCUUCUUUUCCUCUAUCCCCACCUUUUGCCUUCAAUCUAUGUAUGUUAUGCCUUCUUUUCCUCUAUCCCCCUCCUUUUGCCUUCAAUCUAUGUAUGUUAUGCCUUUUUUCUCUAUCCCCCCUCUUUUUUGCCUUCAAUCUAUGUAUGUUAUGCCUUCUUUUUUCCUCUAUCCCCCCCUUUUGCCUUCAAUCUAUGUAUGUUAUGUUUUCUUUUCCUCUAUCCCCACCUUUUGCCUUCAAUCUAUGUAUGUUAUGCCUUCUUUUCCUCUAUCCCCACCCCCACAUUUGCCUUCAAUCUAUGUAUGUUAUGCCCCUUUUGCUUUUCUAUGUAUGUUAUCUUUCUUUUUUUUGCCUUCAAUCUAUGUAUGUUAUGCCUUCUUUUCUCUAUCCCCACCUUUUGCCUUCAAUCUAUGUAUGUUAUACCUUCUUUUCCUCUAUCCCCACCUUUUGCCUUCAAUCUAUGUAGGUUAUGCCUUCUUUUCCUCUAUCCCCUUUUGCCCCUAUGUAUAUUAUGCCUUUUCAUCUAUCCCCACCUUUUAAUCUAUCUAUGUUAUGCCUUCUUUUCCUCUAUCCCCCUUCUUUUGCCUUCUUUCUAUGUAGGUUAUGCUUUCUUUUCCUCUAUACCCCCCUCUUGCCUUCAAUCUAUGUAUGUUAUGCCUUCUUUUCCUCUAUCCCCACCUUUUGCCUUCAAUCUAUGUAUGUUAUGCCUUCUUUUCCUCUAUCCCCACCUUUUGCCUUCAAUCUAUGUAUGUUAUGCCUUCUUUUCCUCUAUCCCCACCUUUUGCCUUCAAUCUAUGUAUGUUAUACCUUCUUUCCUCUAUCCCCCCAUUUUGCCUUCUUUGUAUGUUAUGCCUCUAUCCCCACCUUUUGCCUUCAAUCUAUGUAUGUUAUGCCUUCUUUUCCUCUAUCUAUCCCCCUUUUGCCUUCAAUCUAUAUGUAUCUAUGUUCUUUUCCUCUAUCCCCACCUUUUGCCCUUCAAUCUAUGUAUGUUCCUUCUUUUUCCUCUAUCCCCACCCCCACCUUUUGCCUUCAAUCUAAUCUAUGUAUGUUAUGCCUUCUUUUCCUCUAUCCCCCACCUUUUUUCCUGCCUUCAAUCUAUGUAUGUUAUGCCUUCUUUUCCUCUAUCCCCCACCUUUUUUCUCUAUCCACACCUUUGCCUUCAAUCUAUGUAUGUUAUGCUUUCUUUUUUCCUCUAUCCCCACCUUUUUUGCCUUCAAUCUAUGUAUGUUAUGCCUUCUUUUCCUUCUAUCCACCAUUCAAUCUAUGUAUGUUAUGCCUUCUUCUCUAUCCCCCACCUUUUUGUCUAUGUUAUGCUUUCUUUUCCUCUAUCCCCCCCUUUUGCCUUCAAUCUAUGUAUGUUAUGCCUUCUUUUCCUCUAUCCCCACCUUCAAAUCUUUUGUUAUGCCUUCUUUUCAUCUAAUUUGCUAUCUAUGUUAUGCCUUCUUUUCCUCUAUCCCCACCUUUUGCCUUCAAUCUAUGUAUAUGUCUUCUUUUCCUCUAUCCCCCCCCUUUUGCUUCAAUCUAUGUUAUGCCUUCUUUUCCUCUAUCCCCACCUUUUUGUAUGUUAUGCCUUCUUUUCCUCAAUUUUGCCUUCAAUCAAUGUAUGUUAUGCCUUCUUUUCCUCUAUCCCCCACCUUUUGCCUUCAAUCUAUGUAUGUUUAUGCCUUCUUUUCCUCUAUCCCCCAUUUUUCUUCUUUGUAUGUUAUGCCCUUCAAUCUAUGUAA